AUGUCGCAUUGUCAUGACGAAGAGCAUGAAGAGGGGCACAAUCACAGCCAUGAGGGGCACGAUCACGACGGACCGGAUAGAGGCGAACAAUCUUCGUUGUUCAAAGUGAUUGAUGUGGACAGGAUACGAGCAUUCAAUGUCUGCAAUGACGAAGAAAGUGCAAGGAAGGUCUUCAAGCCGUGGGAUAAACGAUUUGAUCAUGAACCUUAUCUGGAAAGUGACUCCGAUAAUCAGCUUAUAAUAUUUGUCCCCUUUACUGGCAUGGUCAAGCUUAAGAGCAUUCUGAUAAUGGGAGGUCCAAAUGAGAUGAUGCCAAAGACUCUCAAAGUUUUUACAAAUCGAGAAGAUGUGGAUUUCGAUUCGGUGGAUACCACUACUCCACUUCAAGAAUGGGGAUUGAUUGAUACUACAACUACUGCCGCUCGUGAAAUACCUGAAUAUCCAACACGAAUGGCCAAGUUCACGAGUGUCAGGAAUAUUACAUUAUUCAUUUCAAACAAUUACGGUGACGAAAAGACCAGGAUCUCCUAUAUAGCAUUCAAAGGAGAAUGGACCGAACUCAAGAAGGACCCAUUGAUUACAAUCGGUGAAUUUGCUGCCAACCCUGCAGAUCAUAUCAAACUUCAGGGAAAACAUGCCGUGGAUCAUAUGAUUAGAUAG